UGCUCCAUACAUUACAUAACUUCAAAAACUCAAAAAAAGUGGUUAUUGGUUAUCUCAAUCUAUCUGAAACCUUCUCUGUUUCCAUCAGCACUGUACUUUCUCUCUCUGUUCUUUCAUUGAAAUCCAAGGCAGAGUAAAUCUCAAAAUUGUCUCCCUUCUUUUGUCUUUUCCCACCAACAGUACAAAAUGGUUGAACUCAAUAUCAUCAAGAAGAAAAUGUGGAUGUUUUCACAUUAAUCUACUUUCCCUUUAAUCCUUUCAACUAUCUUUCUUUGAGUAUGGAAGUUAUGACCAACAACAACACUAUCAACAAACAAAACAACUUUCAUCUUCAAAAGCUUUCAUUUUGGUUCGCUCCAACUACUCGUCCACCUGGUUUUCUUCUUCUCUUUCUCAAGUAGCAUCACCACUAUUGUUUUUAGUUUUAACCACCAGUAUCCGGUCCACUGGACCGCCUAAUCUGGUUUUGGGGUCAGUUUUGACAUCAAGUGGUUUCAGCACUCUCCCGAUCGCAGUUGCUGGGAUCGAACCGUGGUGCUUCCUACCAAGUGCAGCGCCAAUCACCAUUGGACCAAGUAACUAUCAAGCACACUACAAAUUUCAGAACUAUGAGUUACAUCUUUUAUGACAAAAUUUCUUCAUCUGGGUAUGAUGAUUUGGGCUUAUUGAAUCAAUCUUUGCAUAACUUUGGAACUUCUAAUGGUGUUUUAGAGAGUGGGAAGGGAAAGGUGGUGAAGUGCCCUAUAACUGAAAGAGUUGGUAAAGAUGAUAUUUCUGAGGCUAAAGCUUUAGCUGCUUUGAAGAACCAUAGUGAAGCAGAGAAGAGAAGGAGGGAGAGAAUAAACGGUCAUCUUGCAACAUUGCGUGGCCUUGUGACUUCCACUGAUCAAAAGAUGGACAAAGCCACAUUACUUGCUAAAGUGAUUUGUCAAGUGAAGGAAUUGAAGAAGAAUGCAAUGGAAGCAAGCAAAGGUUUUCUCAUUCCAAUGGAAGAUGAUGAAGUGAAAGUUGAACCAUAUGAUAUUGAAUUAGGACAUGGAUGCAUGUCUUACAAAGCAACUAUCUGCUGUGAUUACCAACCUGAGAUACUUUCUGACCUCAAAAAAGCACUUGAUGCACUUCAACUUCAACUAGUGAAGGUUGAAAUGUCAACAUUGGAAAACAGAAUGAAGAAUGUGCUUGUCUUUACAUGUUGUAAAGGGGAUAAUAGUGUUAAUGUUGAAACAUGUAAAAGUAUUGCAAAUGUUGUUCAUAAAGCAUUAGAUUCUGUGUUGGAAAAGGCUUAUAGUUCAAUGGAGUUUUCACUUAGAACUUCAUAUCCAAACAAAAGGAGAAGAAUGUGCUUUGCUGAAACAUCUACUUCCUCAUGCAACCAUGGAUCUUGUUGCUCAUGCUAAGGGUUGACCAUUUGAUUUGUUAUUUUGUUGUAUUGUAUCAUGCUACAUAUCUAUUGAAAUCUGGAUUUUUCAUAGGUUAUUGUAAUGUUAAGAACUUUAAGAAUGGCUUAUGUUGAAGUUGCUAUUAGUAUAUGUGGAACAGUUGGAGAUACAUUUUAAUAAAUUAUUAGUGUCCAA